AGGGUCUUGGUCCUUUUCCCCUUGCUUUCCCGUCUCAUUAGCAGAGGAGCUGGAUUGGAAGUGGAGCAGCUGGGACCCCAACUGGCACCACCGUGGGACAGCAGUCCUGAAGGCACUGACUUACCUCACUAUGUGCUGACUACUUCUUCAUACUUCUAAUAUCGUUUGAAUAUGAGGUGUAAAGUUUUUUGGCUGUUCUUAGAAAUUCUGGAAGGAUACAAUGAAUUAUUAAGAGUCUUAGAAUUUUACAUAAGAUCACAACAGCUUCUCAUUUAUUAUUUCUUUUUAAUGCAAGGUUGAAGUGGUUACUACAAGAAUGCUAUUUAUGUUAGCAGGUAAGGCAUUUAUUUUGCAUCUCAUAACAUCUCUGUGAAUUUCAUGGUUGUCAGUUUCCUCAGGUGAUUCCCUCACCAGUUUGUGACGACGUGAGCACUGGAAGCAGAAUGUAGCUUGCUGGUAGUGGUGCUUAGCAGAGAAGAUUCACGCAUGUUCCGUGCCCGCGACUCAGGACACGAUCUCCAUCUCUGGGCCUGCCACCCCCUGACUUGGCUUUCACUGAGCCUGUUUCCUCAUCAGUAAACAUGAGGCAUCUUUUACCAUCUGAGGAAACUUCCCUGUGAUUCAUUUUAUUUUUUUUCUCACUGCAAAAUUAAAGAAUUAUACCAAAUUGAAAAGAUAUGAAUGAAUAUCCUAAAAAAAGAAAAAGGAAGACUUUACACCCGUCUCGUUAUUCAGAUUCCUCUGGAAUAAGCCGAAUUGCAGAUGGAUUCAAUGGGAUUUUUUCUGAUCAUUGUUACAGUGUCUGUUCUAUGAGACAGCCAGACUUGAAGUGUUUUGACAACAAAGAUGAUGAUUCUGAUACGGAGACAUCAAAUGAAUUGCCAAAAUUUACAGAUGGAAUCAAGGCCAGAAGCAGAAAUCAAAACUGCCUGGUUCCCAGCCCUGUACUUAGAAUUCUAGACCACACUGGCUUCCCUACAGAGAAAUCUGCUGACGUUGAGAUUUGCGAUGAAGAAUGUGACUCGCCUGAAUCGGUUAGCCAGCAGCCUCAGGAAGAGAGUCCUAUAGAAGUGCACACGGCUGAAGAUGUCCCGAUUGCUGUGGAAGUCCAUGCAAUUUCUGAGGAUUACGAUAUAGACACCGAAAACAAUUCCUCCGAGAGCCUCCAAGACCAAACCGAUGAGGAGCCACCAGCCAAGCUUUGUAAGAUUCUUGACAAGAGCCCAGCUUUGAAUGUGCCUGCUCAGCAAAAAUGGCCUUUACUAAGAGCUAACAGCAGUGGCCUCUAUAAAUGUGAGCUCUGUGAGUUCAACAGCAAGUAUUUUUCCGAUUUAAAGCAGCAUAUGAUCCUGAAACAUAAACGUACGGAUUCAAAUGUGUGUCGGGUAUGCAAAGAAAGUUUCUCUAGCAACAUGCUUCUGAUUGAACAUGCGAAACUCCACGAAGAGGACCCCUACAUCUGUAAAUACUGUGAUUAUAAGACAGUGAUUUUUGAAAACCUCAGCCAACAUAUUGCAGACACCCAUUUCAGUGAUCACCUCUACUGGUGCGAGCAGUGUGAUGUUCAGUUCUCCUCCAGCAGUGAGCUCUACCUGCACUUCCAAGAGCACAGCUGUGACGAGCAGUAUUUAUGUCAGUUCUGUGAACAUGAAACGAAUGAUCCCGAGGACCUGCACAGCCAUGUGGUGAAUGAACAUGCCUGUAAGCUGAUAGAGUUGAGUGACAAGUACAACAGUGCACAACACGGACAGUACAGCCUCUUAAGCAAAAUUACCUUUGACAAAUGUAAAAACUUCUUUGUGUGUCAAGUAUGUGGCUUUCGGAGUAGACUUCACACAAAUGUUAACAGGCAUGUCGCUAUUGAACAUACUAAAAUAUUUCCCCAUGUUUGUGAUGACUGUGGCAAAGGUUUUUCAAGUAUGCUAGAAUAUUGCAAGCAUCUAAAUUCGCAUUUGUCCGAAGGGAUUUAUCUAUGUCAAUAUUGUGAAUAUUCAACAGGACAGAUUGAAGAUCUUAAAAUUCAUCUAGACUUCAAGCAUUCUGCUGACUUGCCUCAUAAAUGCAGUGACUGCUUGAUGAGGUUUGCAAAUGAAAGGGAGUUAAUUAGUCACCUUGCCGUUCAUGAGACAACCUAGUUCUUAUUUUGAUUUACAUAACGUUUUUGUAAAAUAAUAAAUUCAACUUUGGAGAUGUUAAAAUGGAUGAUUUUAAACAUGAUAAUGAGAUUUGCCUUUAACAAAUAAGUUUAAAACAAAUGAGUUUUUAAUUGCCCUGUUUUUUGGGCAUUGCUACAUUAAAUGUCCAGUAUAUGAUUGUACCUUAA